UGUCCGCGUUUAAAUCAAGCUGCAAGCUCUCCACUAAAAACCUUUCCACGUCAUUCAAGUUCAAGUUUAUUGCGAUUAGUUUGUCAAUAUAGUGGAUAUAGUAAAUUAAACAUGGCUGAACCGAAUAUGGCGGUAGCUGCACUCACUAAAUACUUGCAGAAUCUGCCGAUCUAUCCAAUCUUCGAAAAUUGUUCGGAAAAAGAUAAUUUCACCGCACUUCAGUUCAUGUACAUUGUGGAUUUUCAUGCAAACUAUUACAUAAAAUUAUACGAUCGAAUCAAAGGGGUUCAGCAGCCAAAGCUACUCGGACAGUUGUUGCAGUUUCGUCAGUUCGAAAAAUUCAGAUAUUUCCAUUAUUCAGUGGCAAAGCAAUACGGUAACAGUGUCCUACAAUGUAGAUAUUGUCCAUUGGUCGGGCCUUGCGGAUGCAUUUUAUCACACAUGGCAAUCAAUCAUAACGUGCAUACAGGAUUGAAACAUUGUGUGUUUUGCAAUGGUGAAACCCAUGUCACAAGCAACUCUUUGUUUGAAUGCUACAAAAAUUACAUUCAACGUAACGACAUUGAAAUCGAUGAAAAAGUUUGCGAAAUCGUAGCGAUUUUCUACGAUAUGAUGAGAAAACUGAGCCGGGCACUUAAUAUUUGCGUGGAGCGACGAAAAGGCUAUGUUGGUCAAGGACACAAACACAAAGAACGACUUUCGAAGGAUUAUGGAGGUGAUAUACUACCAGAAUGUGUAGUCCGGUACAUGAUACCGAAGUCACAACUUAACCGAACGAUACGAAGCGAGACGCUUGAUCGAGAGUUUCGCAGAAUUAUGGAAAUAUUGUGCGGUGGAAUUUUUCCCAGUAUUUUUCGAAAUAACCAGUCACCUGCUGUCUGCGAAAAUCCGACUGAAAUCGGCAGUAGCAACGAAGAUGACGAAGAAGUGAAUAAUAUAACCGAAGAGAAUGGGCGUCAACCUCAAUUCGUACUACAGGAUGCACACACUUUGUCAAAUGAUGAGAUGAUACAAGACGACAUGGCUUCAACAUCAACACCAACAGAUCGUAUGUCAACAGCUUCACGUCCAUGUAGUGCCUGGACACCAACGAAUGAAAGCCAAGAGUUUGCAUUGAAUAUUGCUCGGAAAUUGGAUAAAAUUCCGCCAAGCAAACGUCGCCAGCUCGAAAUUGACAUUGAGAUGAAGAUUCUUCAAACCGAAGCGGAAGCGAUCCAAGAAGGUUGCUUUCAGUAGUUUUGAAUUGAUAUGUAAAAGGGGCUAUCCAUAAAGUACAGAAACGUUUUGGGAGAGGAGUGGGUUGGACAAACACAUUGGGAAAUAGGUCUCAUAAUCGUCAUUUCUUCAUGCACGUAUAUGGGUUUUAAUGAAUUUGAGAAUUAAAAGCAUUGAUUCAUUUAACACGGUGUUUUUUACGUCGUAUUUGAGCGUUGUUACAAACAAAAAGAUCUCAUUUAACAUGUUUUAAGAUGUUCUUAAACAAUUACCAAUUUUUGGUCGUGAAAUUUAUGCAUUCCACCAAAAUCUUUCAUUCUUCAUUCUAUUAAAAAUUCAACAAAACUCAUCGUGGGUCAAGAUUUAUAAGAAAAUUCAAAAACUUAGCGAAAUCUGUUGAAAUUAAUGACAGAAUUCUCGACAGAAAUAUGAAUAAGCCCUGCUCCUACUAGUAUGCUUACAAAGCAAGAAAUAAUGAGUAUUUAUUACUCUACGCCAUCUGGUAAUAGUUACAAUAAUAUUAUCAAUUGAUAACUAUCAACAAAUCGGAACAAUAUCAAGCGAAUGUUUUAUCACUAACAGAUUGUAACGAUUAUAUCUCAAAAAAUUUCACCAUCGAAUUCAUGAAUAUGUGCUCGAAUAGUCUCUGGUCGAGCAAACACCCAACGGCUAAGUCUACUUAAAAUGUCAAUUGUCAUUCCAACUCAGUGAGUUCGUAUUAUUUUCGUCACUGACUGAAAGAAUACAGAAAACAAAUAAAACAAAAAA